CUGUCCAACAUCUCAUCCUUCUUCUUGUACUCGCUUCCGUACACCUUCGUCUUCCAUUCUCUCAAAUAUCAAGUCAUUUUUUACGGCGCACAUCUGUUUCGAACGCAAUUGUACGACUUAAUUCACACAUUUUUAAAACGACGACUCUGUUACAGCGUUCAGUACCACUUGGUAACGAAAUUACCACUGCAAACAUGUGCACCGUUUAGCCGUAUCGUUAGCGUGGCAACGAUUUUCCAUUAAACGGUGACAUUCAAUUCAAAUGGUUACAUAAAAAAUAAAAUACAAUCCCGAAAAAAAUUCAAAUUUCUGAUUUGUGCCAACAAUUUGGUACCAAGGUAUAGUACCAAACUUGAUGUACAUAUGUGCAAAAAAUUUAAGUCGACCAGCAACCAUUAGAGCUAAAUUGCAAAUACACUAUUAAUUUCGCGAAAAGUUUGGACAAUAUUGCUUAAAUUUACAUAAGUAUUAUGCAACCCACACCCGUUGUAGCUCCGGCCAUAAUAGUGCACCAAUCGCCGCCACAAUACCAGGCCCGUGAUUUUCGCCAUGAUCCAGUUCUCGCAACGGAGGAGAAAUACUGUUUCCAGACAAAAACAAAGUUAAAAGUACAUGACAAAAUUUUGUCAUCGACGCUAAAGUUUCUGGAUGAGACCAGUGGAAAGUCGAUCAUUAAGUGUGAAGGGAAAGUGUUUAGUUUAACGGAUAAGAAAGUACUGAAAGAUUCAGAAGAUGGGCAAGUUAUUUGUACAAUUAAAAAAGAGCUGAAAACCUUGGCAGGAAUUUAUAAAAUUUAUAAUAAGGGAAAUAAAGAAAUCUGCAAAAUUUCUGAGGAAAGGACCGCCUGCAAAGCCAAGUUCACCGGACACUUCACCGACGCGGGGAACAGGCAUCCCGAGAGGAAAAUUCUGGUCAAAGCUAAUCUGGAGAGAAAACAUUGCUGCAUUUAUCUCCAAGAAGAAUCCUACAUCGUGAUGGCCAACAUGGAGAAAGUUCCGCACAAAGUGGCCAACUCGCCCAUAGGCGAGGACGAGUACCUGAUUGAAAUCGAGGCUGGAGUGGACGCUGCUCUUAUCCUGGCGCUCUGCGUGGUCGUGAUGAACGAAAAUGCCGCAUUUAAUAUGCCACGUCUAGCAGUCUAAAGAAAUUAGAGGUAGAACCGUGAAUGUAUUCACUACAAGUUCGCAUCGUUAUGUAAUUUCGUUUAAACGUUAGCAAAAAUUUCUAAAUACCUACAUAUUUAACCGACUAUGAAACUGAUCGAAUCUCUACCUGGGUAAAAAUUGUAAAUUUUCAUUGUUUCUAAAACAUGUUUUCUUAGCUGAUGCGAACAUGUAUCGAAUAUCCCAUAAUUUCGUAUAGUCAUAAAUUACCUUCAUAUAUAUAUAAAUUCAGAAUGAAUAAACAUUAUAGAUUUUUAUCGAACUA